AUGCCUCCCAAAGUGAUCCUCACGCGCCCUCUGCCGGCCUCGCGCGGCCUCGAAGGCGGCGCCAUCCUCGACAAGGCGGAGAAGGAUGGCCUCAUCGAACUGGUGCGAUGGGAGGAAGACAGCCCUGUGGACAGGCAGUGGCUGCUCGAGGAGCUGCGAAUGGGUGGUACGGAGGGACUGCUGUGCAUGCACAAUGGCGAGCAGAUUGACGAUGAGCUCCUCGAAGCGGCGGGAUCCUCGCUCAAAGUUGUCUCGACCAUGUCUGCCGGGUUCGACCACGUCGACACCUCGGCGCUGAAGAAGCGAGGGAUCCGCUUCGGCUCGACUCCCGACGCCUUGACGGACGCGACUGCCGACAUCGGCGCCAUGCUUACUCUCAUGGCGUCCCGACGAGCCGGCGAAGGUAUCCGGGCAGUUCUAGAUGGGAAAUGGCCGAGCAUGCCUUGGAACCCGCUCCUCCUGUGUGGGCAGGGCUUGACGAAGUCCACGGUUGGCGUCCUCGGGUUCGGCAAGAUCGGCCAACUCACGCUCAAGCGCCUCCUCUCGUUCGGCAUCUCGCGCUGCCUCUACUCGACCUCGCGGAUCGGCGAGCCGCUCUCCCCCUCUCGCGAUUUCUUCCAGACCCUCCCUCUCGCGUCCUACCUCGGCGUCGAGAUGCGCCCCGCCGAGUCGUACGACCAACUCGCGCGCGAGAGCGACUUUCUCAUCGUCUGCUGCCCGCUCACGCCCGAGACGAAAGGCCUGCUCGACGCAUCGUUCUUCGAGAAGAUGAAGUCGACCGCCUACGUGGUCAACACCGCCCGCGGACCGAUCAUCGACUCGGACGCUUUGCUCGCCGCCGUGCAGGCAGGCAAACUCGCCGGCGCAGGGUUGGACGUCGUGACGGGCGAGCCGAACAUUCCCGCCGACCACCCGCUCGUCAAGGAAGAGCGGAUCGUCCUGUUGCCGCACAUCGGGAGCGCGACGGUCCAGGCGCGGAGCGGGAUGAGCAGGGAUGCGGCGUUGAACGUCCUUGCGGGCGUGGGCGUCGAGGGCUACGAGUGGGCGAACGAGGUCAAGCUGUAG